AUGACAAAGUGUUGGUUGGUUGGUGCAUUGAUAGUGGUGAUCUAUGGAACUUUACUGGUAGUACAAGGGUACCCUGUUGAGGAUCUUGUGGUGAAGCUUCCAGGACAACCUAAAGUUGAAUUCAGUCAAUAUUCUGGUUAUGUUGAUAUUGAUGUAAACCAUGGCAGAAGCCUCUUUUACUAUUUUGUUGAAGCUGAAUAUGAACCUGACAAGAAACCUCUCACUCUUUGGCUCAAUGGAGGUCCGGGAUGUUCUUCCAUUGGAGGAGGUGCUUUUACUGAAUUAGGUCCGUUUUAUCCUACCGGCGAUGGACGCGGUUUAAGGAAGAAUUCAAUGUCUUGGAAUAGAGCUUCAAAUCUUCUCUUUUUGGAGUCUCCUGCUGGAGUUGGUUGGUCAUACUCGAACACAACUUCCGAUUAUAACAUCGGUGACGCCUCCACAGCCAAUGAUGCGCUUUUGUUCUUGCUCAAAUGGUACGAGAAGUUUCCUAUCUACAAAUCAAGAGAGCUGUUUCUUACCGGAGAAAGCUAUGCAGGACAUUACAUACCUCAGUUAGCGAACGCUAUUCUCGAUUAUAAUGCUCGUUCAACCGGAUACAAAUUCAAAUUGAAAGGAGUUGCUAUUGGAAACCCACUUUUGAAUCUGGAUCGUGAUACGCAAGCAACAUACGAUUACUUCUGGUCACACGGAAUGAUUUCUGAUGAAGUUGGCCUUGCCAUUAUGAAAGAUUGUGAUUUUGAUGAUUAUAUCUUUGCAUCUCCUCAUAAUGUAUCUGAAUCAUGCAGCAAUGCCAUAAGUGACGCUAAUAAAAUCGUCGGUGAUUAUAUAAACAACUAUGAUGUGCUUCUCGAUGUUUGUUAUCCGUCCAUAGUUGAACAAGAACUGAGAUUGAAAAAGAUGGCUACUAAAAUUAGUUUAGGUAUAGAUGUCUGUAUGAGUUACGAACGACGUUUCUACCUCAACCUCCCCGAGGUUCAAAAGGCUCUUCACGCUAACAGAACCAAUCUUCCGUAUCCAUGGUCCAUGUGCAGUCGCGUUUUAAAUUACAGCAAUACAGAUCCUAACACGAAUAUGCUUCCAACUCUCAAACGGAUUGUUGAAAACCAUAUUCCUGUAUGGGUUUUCAGCGGAGACCAAGAUUCUGUUGUGCCAUUACUAGGUUCUCGAACACUGAUUCGUGAACUAGCUCAUGACCUGAAAUUCGAGAUUACAGUCCCAUAUGGAGCUUGGUUCCACAAAGGCCAGGUUGGAGGUUGGGCGACCGAAUAUGGAAACUUGUUGACAUUCGCUACGGUAAGAGGAGCAGCACACAUGGUACCAUAUGCACAACCUUCAAGAGCACUGCAUCUGUUCAGUUCCUUUGUGAGUGGUAGGAGAUUGCCAAACACAACUCGACCUUCAAUCGAGUAA